CUGAGGAGCACGGGAACGAUGUUCGGAGUGAACUACUCAGUAUACCAGUUUAAAAGGAACUUUACGCACUCUUCGACCCGAAUAUACAGGCUCAAGAGAUCAAUAGAUGAAAGCGUGGCGCACGGGAAGCUUAGCGAGCUGAAUCUGCGCGAGGCGAACGAAUACGACCCCCGAAUGGUAAUCAGGGCCGUAGAAUCGUGUUACACGGACGGAUUCCCGAAAGACGAGGGGAUACUGAGAGAGUACCUCAGGGCGCUGGUUCUAACAAACACACUGUACAGCAGGUCGCUUAGAUCGCUCAUAGAAACGCCAGGGGCAAACACGCGCGACGAAACUUUGAAUAAUAAGAUUUUAAAUCUGCUCGAUCGCAAAGAGGUAUAUCUCAAGGUUGAUGAGAAGAAUCCAAUCAACGUGGUUAUUAACCCAUCGACAGGAACAACAAUAUGGAAAAUAGUAAAGAGAGCGCUCUCGCUGGGCACCCUUGCGUUGUUUUUUGGGAGCUUUGUGAUAAUGUUUAACCAGAACCUGCAACGAGGGAUGAAGCACUCGUUCAAGGUCAUUACUCCGGACGAAUCGGAUACCACCUUCGACGACGUAAAGGGGUGUGACGAGGUCAGGGAAGAGUUGGAGGAGGUGAUUCAGUACUUGAAAAACCCAGCAAAGUUCUCGAGACUGGGAGCGAAAUUGCCGAAAGGAAUACUGUUGGCGGGAAGGCCAGGGACAGGAAAGACGCUCCUGGCGAGAGCACUGGCAAGCGAAGCAGGAGUGCCCUUUAUACACGCCUCAGGCUCGGAGUUCGAGGAGAUGUUCGUCGGAGUGGGAGCCAGAAGAAUAAGGGACCUGUUUAAAACAGCAAAAACAAUCGCACCCUGCAUAGUGUUCAUAGACGAACUGGACGCAGUGGGAAGCAAGAGGACCUCGACGGACCACAACACCAUGAGGAUGACGCUGAAUCAGCUACUGGUAGAGCUCGACGGCUUCGCGAAGCAGGAAGGGAUCGUGGUGCUCUGCGCAACGAACUUCCCGGAGAGCCUGGACCCGGCGCUGGUGAGGCCAGGAAGACUGGACAAGACGGUGUACAUACCGCUGCCGGAUUUGAAGGGCAGGCUGGAAAUACUGAAGCUCUACGCGUCUAAGCUGAUUCUAUCGAGCGAUAUAGACUUGAACGUGGUGGCCAAGAGGACAGUGGGAAUGACAGGAGCAGACCUGUUCAACAUCCUUAACACGGCGGCGCUCAAGUGCUCAAUGCAGGGGCUCUCCUCUAUAACGGCAGCAGCAGUGGAGGAGGCCUUCGACAGAGUGGUGGUGGGACUGAAGGGCAAGUCACUUGUCAACGAGAGGGAGAGGAGGUCGACGGCAUACCACGAAGGAGGACACACGCUCGUGAGUAUGCACACGGACGGAGCGACGAAGGUUCACAAGGCAACAAUACUGCCCAGGGGAAACACGCUGGGAGCGACCUGGAAGAUUCCAGAGGAAAAGAAGGACACGAGGAUGAAUGAACUGAAGGCUGAGAUAGACGUGCUGAUGGGAGGGAUGGCGGCGGAGGAGGUGAUUUACGGAAAGGAAAACGUAACGACGGGUUGCCAAAGUGACCUAAAGAGAGCAACUGAAAUAGCGAAGACGCUGGUAAAUACUUUUAUUGCAAAACCUAGAACAUUUUCGCAGUUAGUUAUGCAGUUCGGAGUGGGACUAAAGGAUGUAGUUGGUCCAAUGUUCGUUGACCACGACUCCUAUCACGAACUGAGUGAAGAACUGCGCAAGAAGAUAGACUCAACAGUGCAGUCGAUACUAGAUGAGUCAUAUGUUAGGGCGGUCACCAUUAUCAAGAAUAACGUGAACCAGCUCCACAGACUCUCGAAGGCAUUGGUGGAGUACGAGACGCUCAGCUACGACGAGAUUAUCAAGGCCAUCGAGGGGAGGAUGGACGACAUUGGCACUGUUCGCAGCAAGGCUGACCAGAAGGCCAAGGUUGCGAACAUAAAGAUCAAGGCGACGGGCGAUCUCAUUCCCGAGACACAGCAUUCAUUCAAAUCACGAUAG